AAAAAAAAAAAAAAAAAUCUCCCGUAGUACAGCUGAGCUUCCAGCUCAUCCUUUUCCUCCCUAUCCCAAGCGAAGCGCAUUGCAUUGCCAUUUCUUCUCCAACUGCCAAGCCCGGCCCUAAUCACCUUCCUGCUUUCCUCCAACAACCGCCACCGCGACGUCCGCGCUGUACCGAUUAGGGCUUUGGGCCGUUCCUUCUUCCCCUCCGAUUACUGAAGACGGGGAAUUUCCAGCUCGCCGAUUGGAAUUUGUUCGCUCUUGUGAUGCGGAUCAAUUUGGGGUUCUAAUUUGGGGGUUCCUAAAUGUUGAGCUGUUGCUGCUCUCAGUCCCUUUCUCAGCGGCCGAACCUCGUCCCUUCCUUUUCCAGGCAGUUUAGGGCUCUUAAUCGCCCUGGGUCCUCGUCUCUUUCGGCUAGGAAUCCCCGGGUCCUUGAACCCAGUUCCAAGCUUCACAAGAAUAAAUGGAGGAUUUCUUGUUUUAGACACGAGGAUUUUGCCCCCGCGAAUCCCAAGUCUGAUGGAGUUGACCACUUGCUUCCAGAGGAGCCACUUAAGCAAGAACCUGAAUUCUGUUGUUCUUCUGCUCCGGUUAAAAGGGAAUGGAUAUCUAAUCUUAGAAAGGUGUUUGAUGUAGUGCAAAGGGCAAUUGGAAGUCGGUGGACUGUACCAUGGACGGCAGAGACCAUAAUCCAGGUCAUGCUUCUCUGGGUAGUCACGUUCUGGUUCAUAGGCUCCUGGGUUGUCCCUUUUGCGGCCCAUGUGGCAGGCUUCAACAAGGAAUCCCUGACCUUCAGAGGCCAAGCCUUAUUCAGCCUUGUCACUGACGUUACAGAGGGCCUUGCUGGUAUAGCAAUCCUUCACCGCUGCCUUUCAAAAUUCCGCCCUCUAUCCUCUGAUUGGUUUCGCUUUACCCCGAGAGGCAACUGGAUGCUCGAUGUUGCACUCGGAUGCCUAAUGUUCCCCCUAGUCAACCGCCUCUCUCAAUUCAACCUCAGCCUUCUCCCCAUUCUACCCUCAACACCUGUCACUCUCUCGAGUGUUGAGCAGUCAAUUGCGGCACGUGAUCCCGUAGCAAUGGCUCUUUAUGCCAUGGUAGUAACGGUGUGUGCUCCAGUCUGGGAGGAGAUUGUGUUCCGGGGCUUCCUCCUGCCGUCGUUGACCAAGUACAUGCCUGUGUGGUGCGCGAUACUGGUGAGCUCGGUCGCAUUUGCCCUGGCCCAUUUUAAUGUACAGAGGAUGCUGCCACUAGUGUUUCUUGGGGUGGUGAUGGGGGUCGUUUUUGCACGGUCGAGGAACCUGUUACCCCCAAUUCUUCUUCACAGCCUGUGGAAUGGUUUCGUGUUCUUAGAUCUGAUGAAGUAGGAUGGUUCUUAGUUUCAUGAUGCUCUUUCCAAAUGGAUUGAGCAUUAUGUUGAUGACCUAUGAAGAAGCGAAGGGUUUGUUAUCUCGCCAUUAAGACGAGGGCGAGAGGGUGGAAAUUUUUAUGACCAACAACAGCUGAAUGGAAGUAGAGGAAUUUGAAUCAACGGAGGUGGACGGAUCCAUUGUAUUUGUAGAAGUAGUAGUAGCGCAGAAUGUAUCAUGUUCCCAGGCCUGUAAUUAUAACUGAGACAAUAAGUUGGGAAAAAUGCAAAUCCCAGAAAGAAGGGGGGAAAGAUUUGUCCUUUCUCUUAGCUUGAGAUUUUGAGCUCCAUUACUCAUCCAAAGCUGCGUC